CUGCCUCCACUUUGCCUUGUUUGUCUGGUACCUUCCUACCUUCCGUUUGUUCUGCAUUUCUAUAAUUAAGCUUUUCCCGCACCUUUUACUACUUGUCCUUAAUUUUUGAUUUCUGUUUACUUGUACUCACCCGCCGGACCAUGUCGGACAAAGGCUCUGAAUCCCAAGAGCUAAUGCACAUCGAAAAGAAUACUGCCGCUGCUGUGAUGACCGAAGCAUCUCUUCUGAGCACCACGGUUAGCCAACUGUCCGGUGGCAAGGUGCUCACCCGCAAGGAGCUCUGGGCAUGGUACAUCUAUGGCGCCGCGACUGAGCCGUUCAACACCAGCGUCAUCGGCCUUUAUAUGUCGACAGCGCUGAAUCUGAUGGCUGCCAUGGAGGGCUACGAGCUUGAUCACACAACCAGAUGUGACUACGAUGUGACCAACUACAAGUGCGACUUUUGGUGGGCUGGGGGCUGGAUUGACACAGCCAGCUUCCCCCUGUACAUGACAACCAUCGCCAGUCUCCUCCAAGCAUUGCUCUACAUUGGCCUUGGAACACUCGCCGACCACUCAAACUACCGCAAGCGCUUCCUGCUGUCUCUUUGCUGUGCUCGGUGGUGCAUCUCGUCCUUGAUUGCUACUGCCGCUGCUCUAUAUAUCCUGGCAAGCAUCGGCUACGGCUGCUCGCUGCUGACUGAGGCCUACAACGGACUAGCGAUCCCCGAGUCGCUGGCCAAGACAAAGCUGCUGAAGCAAAAGAAGGCUGACAAGGAUGCGACACAUAGCCCUGUUAUCGUGGAAGAGUUUGUCACGAACAAACUCUCGGCACUGGGCAACCUGUGGAUGAACCUAGCUGCCAUCAUCGUGCUUGGCAUCGGUGUUGCGGUGCUGUCGGUGAUGGAGGACCAGAUGUAUGCCAUGAUGAUUGGCAGCGCUGUAGUUGGUCUGUGGUGGCUCCUCGCCCUGGUCCCGCCGCUCCCUGCCGGCACCAACAAAUGGAUGUUCCCGCUAAAGUCAUUCAAGCAGACGUGCCUGGAUGUGUGGAAGCUGCCCGAGACACUCAAGUUCCUGGUUGGCUGCUUGUUUGCGCAGUCGGUGAUCAACAUGGAUGAGACGUCGCUGGCAAUUGGCGUGCUGAUCGCACCGAUUACCUCGAUGAUCGGUGCAUUUGGGUUCUCGCUACUGCAGGAACGGUUCAACUACCGGACACGCACGCUCAUUCUUGUCGUUAUCUUCAUGAGCUCUCUGCUGGGCAUCUAUGUUAUUAUCGGAUUUGGCACGACUGCCUGGGGAUUCAACCACUCGGCCGAGUUCUAUCCACUUGUCGCAUACUUUGGAAUAAUCAAUGGUGCGUCGAUUGCACUGACACGUGCCCAGUUUGUCGAGCUGUGCCCGCCUGGCAUGGAGGCAGAGUUCUUCUCGCUGUUCCGCAUCACCGACAAGGGGUCGGCGUUCAUCGGACCGCUGGUUGCUGCUGGGAUCAACACCGCCUCGCACAACCUGCGCUACGCCUACGUGUGGUGCUUUGCGCUGUUUUUCGUCUCUGGUGUGUUCUUCUUCUGGUGCAACCCUAAGAAGGGGCGCGAGGAGGCAAUCGAGCUGGGCCGGCAAAACGGCUUCAGUGAGGAGAAUCUGGGUGCCAAGCCCAAGGCGUUCUUGUAGAGACUACUCCCCCCCAAACAUUUCACCUUGUUACCACUAGUUUUAAGCACACUGUUGCGCCCCUACCAGGCCUGCCUACUGGGCGCUGCCAGGGCUGUUUCCUGAGUUAUAAAAAACAUGCGGGUCUUGGGUUUCCUAACACAGCUGCCGACUAUCUUUUGUAUGUGGCGAGCUGUAACCCCAGCGGGUGGUCCAGGCCGAUGUCAAACCUGACUGGCACCCAAAUGCAAUGGUCCAUCAUUGGUCUGCUCCAGACCGUCCGAAUCAUGGCCGCGGAAUGCACUUGCGAGAUCCAUACAGGACUGACGCCUUGUAAGCCAGUCUGAAGCUAUGGACUGCAUAUUUCCCAGUUUAAAGUAACUUUUCCAUCCAAAGUAAAAUGCAGCAC